AUAAUCAUCUGGGCCUUCAGAGAGCGCAGUCAGGGCUGCACUGGGCACUUCAGCGGCCUCCGUGCCCCCGAAUCCGCCCCCUGACCAUCUUAUCGGGCGCGUAGAGUGCUUUACAAGGUGUUUCGAGUGACUUUCCCAUGAGACUCACUCUCUGCGCAUCGCAUCGGGAAACGAGUUCCCCGGGGAAUUGCUCAACGAGGCCGCCCACAGUGAAAGUGGCCCCCAAAUGGGCGCUUAUAAAGACACCCCCGGCCCGGGCGGCCUGUUUAGUCACACAGAGAAGGCGAAACGAUGAAAGUGAUCGCAGCUAUUGCACUCCUGGCAUGCUUGGCGGCCGCCGUGCCGCUCCCGGACGGCCUGGAGCCGCGCAUCCCGGUGCUGGAGCGGACGGAGGUGAGGGACGAGCAUGGGCAGUACGCGCUGAGCUAUCUCACGGCCAACGGCAUCGCCACGGCCGAGCAGGGCGCGCUCAAGCAGUCGGCGGGCGGGAACGUGCUGGUGCGCCAGGGCUCCUGGGCGUACCUGGGCCCCGACAACGUCAAGUACGUGGUGAACUACGUGGCAGACGAGAAUGGGUAUCGUGCCACUGGCAGCCACUUGCCGGAAGCGCCGGCGAUUCCCUGAGUGUAUGUGUGUGGCAAUAAAGUCGAUGAGUCAGG